AAUUCUAUUUUGUUGACAAGCUUAUACAUGUAUUCAGUAGCAUGUCAUGCAACCUGAAUAUUCAAGUUAGGAUAUAUCAGGAUUAAUACUUCGCCAUCAUACAAGAAAGAGACAGUCAUGCAUUUCAGGAAUAUCAUGAACAUUGGGAGAAAAUUAUUAUGCGAUUUACGGAUUCACAAAGUAAAACAACUAACGCGACAUUUCAGUUGUAAUCAAAUUAUAUUGUCUUCUUCAAAGCUUCAUGUGUGCCCUCGUAUUGGAUUAUCAGAUGAAUGUCUGGAUAUAAGGGCUAAUGGGCUAGCAGCCGGGCAAACGGUGGAAUUACGUUCAACAGUUUCCACUGAAUGUGGGAGAUUUGAGUUCGAAGCUCAUGCUCAGUAUACGGCGAACGAGAAAGGGGAAAUAUCAGUUAAUGACGACCCUUCGGAAGGAGGCACAUACGCAGGAAUAGAGCCAAUGGGAUUACUUUCAAGAGUUCAGUCAUUACCUGUGCAUGCUGCCAAGUACCCAAGAAUAUAUAUAUUCAAACCAACCAAUCCUUUGGUCUAUACAAUCUCAAUGUAUGAUAUAGACAGUGGCAAAAGCAACAGUAUCCAGCAAGAAGAGUUGGACUCUGUCAUUGUUGAAAGACACUUUGUUGCUCCGUACGUCGAGCAUAGUUUCGUUGAAUGUGGCGGGGCCAUGGGGACACUUUACUUGCCGAAGAAAGCUAACCAGUCCUCCCCUGUACCUCUUGUCAUCGAGAUGCCUGGAUUAGGACCAACCUUUGCUCGUGAUAGAUUCCCUCUCCUUGCCUCACAUGGUUUUGGAGUGUUUGAGUUCGAUUACUUCCAGUCACUAAAGGACGACCUCCAGAAGCAUGGUAAUGCCUACUUGAAUUGCCGAUUAUUGAUAGAUAUUAUAGAGUUUGCCAGAACACAUCCAGAUAUAGACGAGAAUCGAAUUGGAUUAAAUGGUACUUGUUACGGUGGAACACUGGCCUUGAACGCAGUGUCUCGAAUCCCUGACCUUCCAAUCCAGUGUUUGGGUGUCCAAAGAUGUGUUGACUUUCUUGCCACGCACGUCGGUCUUGAGACUAUCGAUGGGAAUAUAAUUGAACCGGCAGGACCUCCUGGGUCAUACACCCGCAUAACAAAAAGAGAUGAUGGUGAGGAGUGGUUCGAGUUUGAUUUCAAUCACAAGGUUCAUCAUAUAGAUUACAGAGCAGACUGUAUUCCACCAGUAGAAGACAUAUCGAUACCAACAAUGUUAUUGGUUAGUGGUGAUGAUCAACAAUGUGCUUCAGAAAAGUGUCUAGCAAGGGUUGCAUCUCGUAUUCAUAGUGCAGGAAAAAGCAAUCUUCUGGAAACACAUUACUUUGAAGGAGCUGGCCAUCUUCUAGAUUCACCCUACUUCCCUCUCUGUCGUCAAUCUAAAGUUGAUAUGCCGAAUAUUGAUAGAGCCAAGCUGGUAAAUUGGGGUGGUGACCCAGCUCUUCAUGCAAGGGCUCUGGUGAAAUCGUGGCAGAAGACAAUCAGUUUCUAUCGACGUCAUCUCAGACCAGAGGAAGAUUGGAGACAAGAUUGGCAUGAAUAACCUUCAAACAACAAUAGCGGCACAAAGUAUACUAACUGAAAUGUAUGCAAAGACUACUAUUACUACUACUACUACUGUUUCUACUACUGCUGCUGCUACUACUGCUACUACUACUACUACUACUACUACUACUUCUGCCACUACUACUUUAUAGUGAGAGUGUUUGCAGUUUACAAGUUUGCUUGCUGAAAUAUUUGGGUAUUCCAUCUGGGGUCUAUCAGCAAAAUAGCCACAAAAUAAUCAUUCAAAAAUAUGAAGCAAACUGCUUGACAGCUUGUUUAUUAACUGACCCAAAUACAAAUGUACCAUCAAAAUUAUUAUAUUCGUAAGAUAGCUGCAACAUUUGCAGUUUGGGGAGUUGAGGUAGCCAUGGAGAACAGAAAAUAAACUAAUAUCCUUUAAUAUCUGCUAUGAAGGGUAGACAGUGAAGACACAAACACUAAUUUUUAUUUGUUGAUUUGAUUUUAUUUACAAAUGUUGACAUCAAGACAAAUAUAUGAUGUAUUUGUUCAACGGAUGCUGAACUAGAAUAUUUGUAUCUUUCUCACUUGACAAUGAAGUGGUUCAUUUACAUGUUUGCAUGUAUGUUGUAUGAAAUAAAGCUCUACUGCUUUACAAAUUUUAACUAAAACCAAAGUGUUAAUUGGGAAAACCUGAUAAUUGCACGAGGAAUGUAUUUAUUACCUAUGUGUCCUAAAACAUGCAAAUAUUGUUCCAACAUUUAAAGGAGGCAAGUUAGAUACUGAUGAUCUACAGAAUUUUAGGCCUGUUGCUCAUAUCCAGUUUCUUGGGAAGAUCAUUGAGCGGAUGGUGAACUUACAGAUACAAGAUUAUUUGGCAGAAAAUAACUUAUAUGCUAGAAUGCAGUCUGCAUAUAGGCCCUUCCACAGUUGUGAGACUGCAGUUCUUCGAGUAGUAAAUGAUAUAUUAAUAGCUCUUGAUAGAGGGGAUGAAGCGGUGUUGCUACUGUUAGAUUAUUCAUCGGCGUUUGACACCAUUCACCACGAGACUUUAUUCUCCCGUCUCCAGACACGCUACGGAAUUUGUGAAGAUGCUUUGAGGUGGUUUCAAUCUUAUUUCCAAAAUAGGAGACAUUCUGUUUUGAUUGGAGAAUCAAAUUCACGUACCUGCUAUACCAGUCAUGGAGUGCCUCAAGGCUCAGUUGUCGGACCUUUGGCCUUUAAUUUAUAUGCUGCUCCUCUUCAGGAUGUCAUCACUCACCAUAAGAUAAGCUGCAUGAUGUAUGCUGAUGAUACGCAAAUGUACAUAGUCCUAAAAAACAGUGAGCAGCAAGAUGCCACUACCAGACUUCAGAGGUGUGUCCGAGAUGUGAUUAUUUGGUCAACUGAUAAUGGACUGAAACUUAAUUGUAAUAAAACUGCAGUGCUUCAUCUCACUAGUAAAUUUAGAAAUAGUAGACAGAUAGAAGGAAUAGAAUUUGAUAAUACCUAUGUUGAAUGUGUAGAAACUGCAAGAAAUCUUGGUGUACAACUGGAUAGAAACCUUAGUAUGAAAACUCAAAUAAACAAUGUAUGUAAAGCUAGUUCAUUUGCCUUGUAUAACAUUGGGAAAAUUCGCAAGUUUCUAACAACAGAAGCCACAAAGAAACUGGUUCACGCUCUUGUAAUAUCACGCAUUGAUUUUUGUAAUAGCAUUUUGUAUCGCCUCCCUGAUAAUCAAAUUCAUAAACUUCAAAGGAUCCAAAAUUCGGCAGCGAGACUCAUAACAAGAACGAGGCGCAGCAAACACAUAACACCUAUACUAAAAGAAUUACACUGGCUUCCUGUAAAAUCCCGUAUUGAAUACAAGAUAUUACUCCUAACCUAUCAAUGCUUACAAGGUCAAUCGUCACUCUAUCUCAAAGAACUCAUUGAACAGUAUAUACCCC